AUGCAGACAUAUCUGCAAUCCGAAAGCGAAAAACCAGAGGAUAUCAUAAAAAACGUGAAGAUGGAAGAACGCUUAGAAUGGUUGAAGAAAGUAGAAGAUUUGGGAAAUUGGGAAGUAGCAUUAUUGAAAGAGCUGUGUUCUCGUAUCAAGCCAGCUUUCUAUGGUGACCGAACUCUCAUAGUCCGGGAGGGGGAACCGAUUAGUGAAAUUCUCUUUGUGCUGCAAGGUAAACUAUGGGCAUACACCUCCAGUGGCCCUGAUCAUAGCAGUAGCCAAGAUAUUCAUUUGGGAGAUGGUGAUAUCAUUGGGGCAUACACCUCCAGUGGCCCUGAUCAUAGCAGUAGCCAAGAUAUUCAUUUGGGAGAUGGUGAUAUCAUUGGGAAAGAACUUGUCAGUUGGAUUCAGGCUCAGCCUCAUUCAUCCCGCCUCCCAAUCUCAAGCAGAACUGUUCAAACGCUAAAGCGUGUGGAAGCCUUCGCUAUUACGGCCUAUGACUUGAAAGACGUGUUCAUUAAUAAGCCAGAACCACCACCAAGGAAAACCCUGAGAUCAAUCCUGAUGAACAUUAGAUUUAUCAGAUGUAUCCAUUCACAACUUAUCAGAAACAGAGAAAUUCUUUGAACGCUUCCAAGCUUGGACUAUAUAUGAGCUCAAAACAGAGACAAUAAUUCAUAGCCCGAUCCAAACAAAUCAUGGUACAGCUUUGGAAUUGGAAGGCGU